AUGUUUGUGUGGCUACCUGAUUUUGACACCCCCAAGUCACUUCGUUUGUGCACAGAGCCUUCCGCCGCGCCUGUUGUACAGCUUAGAGAGGACAGUACUGGCGGGGUUGUAGGUCUAUGGGAUGUGACAACUAGGCUGCCUAUCUCCACCGGUAGCCGAAUCGUCCUGGAGACUACAGACCCAGUUCGCCUUCCACUCCCAGAUGCUGACCUUCUAGGACUCCACUGGGUUUUACAGCGUGUUGCCGCGAUGGCUGGUAACGUGGAACCCCGGGAUGACAUCUAUGACACAGACGACGAGGACGACGAGAUGUUUAGUGUCUGGGCUAAUGAUGAUUCAGACCUAUCUGACCUUUACCUGCCACAAGAACCGACCACUUCGACGACAAGCAAUGAUAAAAGCAAAAUGGUGCUGGAUAUGAACCGAUGUGACCCUCAGGGUAUCCCUGAGUACUCCACUUGA